UCUGGUUCUGGGUCAGAAGACAGAAGCAAGUCUCUCUCUCGAGAAUUCUGAAUCUUGAAAGUUUCUCCCCCUCUUUCUCUCACUUCCCCUUUCUCUUCCUCGGCUGAUUUAAUUGUGUAUGGCAGCUAGAUUGUCGAGGCAUGAGUUAUCCGACCUCUGUCUUGGGAAACCGCCACUCAGGUCUCUCUCCGUCGACGACACCGUAGCCGACGCCCUCGCCGCCCUAAAAAAGAUCGACGACAACUACGUUUCCGUCUGGAACUGCCAUCACUCCUUCAUUAGGAAACCACAACCAAAGCACCAAACCACUAUUUCCAAAUGCACCACCUGCACCUGCAUCGGUAAGGUUUGCAUGGUCGACAUCAUCUGCUUCCUCUCCAAACCCCAAAACCUCUCCUCCCCUUCCGCCGCCCUCAAUUCCCCCAUCUCCGCCAUCCUCCACCAAACCUCCUCUCUCCUCGUCCGCCACCUUCCACCCACUGCCAGUUUGGCCGAGGCUAUAGAUGUUAUGCAUGAAGGGGUGCACAACCUGGUGAUACCAAUACAGAAUCAGUUCGAAGUUUUUGACUCCAACUUGCGGCACGCUGACAAAACCACCUACUGUUGGCUCACCCAAGAGGACAUCUUCCGGUAUCUCCUCAACUCAAUCGGUGUGUUUUCCCCAACAGCGGCUAGCCCCAUCAACACCUUAGGCGCCAUCGACACGCAAAACCUCUUUGCAGUGUGCUACAAUGACCCUGCGUCCUCUGUUUUGGACCUCUUGUCCCUGUCCCUCAUAUACCAAAGCUCCGUCGCCAUUGUUGACCCCAAUGGCAAGUUCGUUGGCGAAAUCUCGCCAUUUGUGCUCAACUCCUGCGAUGAGGCCGUUGUGCCUGCCAUGGCAACGCUCUCUGCCGGCGACUUCACUUCUUACAUUGACUGUGGCGGCCCACCGGAGGACUUGGUGCAGUUGGUGAAGGAGAGGGUGGAAGACAAGAACCUCUCAGAGUUGCUCCCUGACGAAACAGGUCUUUGUUCAUGGUCUUCUUUUUCUUCUAGUUGUUCCUCCGACGAAGAUUCUUGCUCCGGGAAGAAUUGGAAGCUUGGAGGGUACUCUGGGAGGGUGGGGAGAAGGUCUGAAGCGAUGGUGUGUUACCGGUGGAGUUCUCUGGUGGCGGUGAUGAUUCAGGCUCUGGCUCAUCGUGUAAGCUACGUGUGGGUUGUGGAAGAAGAUGGAACCUUGACUGGCAUUGUUACUUUCCAAGCAAUGUUGAAAGUUUUCAGAGAGCACCUUAAAUUCAUGUGCUAACAUUCACUACGUUCAUAGAUGAUGAUGCAAAUAACACUGUUGUAUUACUUCAGCUAAUUUGUUUUUAUAAAUAAAAAGCAAGAAUCAAACAUAAACUAGGUAGCAGGAAUCUGUGUUUAUUCACAGAAAGAUUGAUACAAAGAGAUGUUACUUAUAUAAUAUUUGUACAACAAUUUAUAUAGCCACCAGAGAAAGGGAGAAAAUAGAGAGAUCAGAGAUUUAAUCUAUAUCGUGAGAGAGAGAGAGGGGAGAAUGAUAUUUGUAUAAACUAUUAACUGAUCACAUCUAAAUCAAUUUUGCUAAUUGUUUA